CAUAAUUUCUUUCUUCUUGACUCACUCAAAUGAAGUCUUCAGAAAACAUCACAACUUUCAACAUUCUUUCAACAUUCACGAUUGAUUUGAAGUAGGUAGUAAAUAAUAGGUAAGCUAUCUGCCAUUUGGUUUCCUAGUUCCCCAGUUGAAGGGAAUUAUGUUGAGAUGUUAUCAAGCAAUUGACAGCACAGUCUAAGUACAGAAUGAAUUGACAUUGAAACAUCAUCAUUACCAUUAAACAUUAACAUUGACUAUUUUAUCUAGAAUCAUUUACCUGAAAUCCUUUCCAAAGCCCCAAACUCUACAUACAAUCCUACUACCCUGCAAAGAAUGCCUUCUCGUUCGGAAAUCACAUAUUUUGGUGCAGGUCCUGCCCUCCUCCCAACCGAUGUUCUAAAAACCUCAGCGGCAGCUCUUGUCGAUUAUAAUGGCACAGGUCUCGGCUUGGCAGAACACUCACAUCGUUCCGAAAUUGCUGCGAAUGUUCUGAAUACUGCGAAAGCCGAUUUAGCAAAAUACCUGGAGAUACCAAAUGACUACGAGGUACUUUUUAUGCAGGGUGGUGGCACUGGGGAGUUCUCGGCGACAGUAUACAAUAUGGUUGGAAUAUGGGUUGAGAAGAGGAAGCAGAAGAUCCUGAAGUCAUUGGGCAUUUCUUCUGAUAAGGAUAUUCCCGAAGAUGCUCUUGUGAAGGAGCUUCAAAAGGCUGUGGAUGAAGAACUCAAGAUUGAUUAUUUGGUUACUGGUUCAUGGUCAUUAAAAGCUAGCCAAGAAGCCGCUCGACUGGUUGGCUCAGAGCACGUCAACAUUGUCGCAGAUGCUAGAAAGAUCAAUGAUGGUAAAUUCGGAAAAAUACCAGAGGAAAAGGAUUGGAAACUUUCCAAGAAUCCAGCCAUGGUUUACUAUUGCGACAAUGAGACUGUCGAUGGAGUCGAGUUCCCCGGUUUCCCAAAAGCUUUAGAGACAACCGGUGAAGAUGAUGAGCCAAUCGUAGUGGCAGAUAUGUCCUCGAAUAUUUUAUCGAGACGCAUUCCCGUUAAAAACUUCUCCGUCAUAUUUUUUGGUGCUCAAAAGAACCUUGGUAGUACCGGAAUCACCGUUGUAAUUAUCAAGAAGAGCCUCCUUCCUCCAGUCGUCGCAACUCCUGCCCCUACUCUAUUGAGAAAGCUUGGUUUACCAAUUGGCCCAAUCGUAUUCUCAUACGAAACGAUCGCCAAGAACAAUAGUCUCUACAACACCCUAAGCAUAUUCGAGUAAGUCCACCUGAUGCCUACACACCCACUAAUACUAACCACCAUGACUAGUGUCUACAUUGCCGGACAAGUUCUCCAAAAGCUUCUCGCCACCUACCCCAACGGAAUCGAAGGUCAAGAAUCCAUCUCUAACAAAAAAUCCUCCCUCAUUUACUCCGCGCUCGAUGCCAACCCCAGCUCCUACAAAGUAGUCCCUGAUGUAUCCGCCCGCUCAAGAAUGAACAUUUGUUUCCGCGUCACAACCUCUGAAAACAUCGCCGAUGCAGAAAAAGCAUUUUUGUCUGGAGCUGUCGAAAGAGGUCUUACGGGUCUUAAAGGUCAUAGAAGUGUAGGAGGUAUCCGUGCCAGUAAUUAUAAUUCGAUUUCAUUAGAGGGCGCACAAAAGCUAGCGGAGUAUAUUAAUGAAUUUGCUAAGGCAAAGUAAGGGGUAGCGACAUUUAAAGUGGAUGAUGGAUUUAUGAUGGGAAAAGAAAAUUGGUGAUUCCAUCUUACAAUACGACUACUAAGUACCUAAGCACGAUGAGAUAGAAGAUGCGUUUCAACAUAAGUAGAAAAUUUAUAUUUAUCAGGCGAGCGGUUCAGUAAGGUUAAGGUUAAGAAAUGAAUAAAGGAAUAACUAAAUUAUUUAUAAUGAAAAAGAAGUGUAACAGAAAGACAAGACGAGACAAGAGUUUAACACUCACUCACCACCUAAUUAA